AAAAAAUAACCCCUACCCGGAUACCAAAAACAAUGUCGACUGUAACCGUCCCAGACUGCCUUCCAACUCCACGACCAGACCACCGCUCAACCAGGCGCCCCUCCUCCAAACUCGGCGUCUUUCUUUGGCGCAGGAGGAUGUGGUUCGAGUCGACAUUUGUUCUAUCUAUGUUAGAGCCAUGGGAGAAGUUUUUAAUGCUAACGAUAUUCACCGUCCUCUUCAUCCUGGUCGUCACAGGCCUAUUCAAAUACCUUCCCCACCACCUCGUCAUCAUGCGCGGGAGGGCGAUGUAUUACCUAUGGGGCCAAGAAGGCGACGAGCGUAUCCUGUGGCAGUGGCUUGGCCUUGCUUCAGGGGAUAUGGGCAAAGAUCUUUAUACGGGUGGAUUGUUGGGGGAGUUGUAGGCGCUGGUUGUAAAAUUUAAUUUUUAGGAUGUUUUUGACGUUUCGUUUCUCAUUUGCUUCCCCUUUGCAUGGACAUCGUAUACUUACGCAUACCCUCGUCAAUAAUAAUAAUAUCAUGCCGUAGCAAUGCCGUUUCACCCA